AUGUCGGCUUCUUCGAAAUUGGGGAAGCUGAAUGAGGCGGUCUACGAAAAAAUGCAGCUUGCCCUGGCUAAGCCAGAGCAGCCUGAUCCCAUGGCAGAGUUGCAUCUGGCAACGCUCCUGCAUGCGAAGUUCUUGCUGGAGCUUUGCUUUGGCUGCAGCAACAGCGUUGCACCUGCUCAGCCAGUUGCUGUUUCUCGCUUGGCUGUACGCCUUUUUGGGGCACUGCAUGCUGCGGAGCCCUUUGUGAUAUGGAACAUCCUUGAGGACAUCCGAUGCUGCAAGGUGAAGAAUUGGCAGCACCGGGAAACUCCGGAGGGCCAACGCUUUCAGGUCGCCUGUGCAGUUCUGCAGAUCUAUGCUUUGACCUUCCUGCUGACGUGUCCGUCGAGGAUCCUCGAAGGCUUCAAUUGCUCCGUGGGCGCAGCGCUCGAAGAAAUCUCCACGGCAUUAAGCCUGUCUGCGACAGCAUCGAACCAGGUGGGGGCAUACAAUCUGUCCUACAGCCUUUCAUCGCAACUCCUUGGACGUUGCGACCUGCAGGCGGAGGUGCAGUGGCUUGUCAGCUGGAUGGUCCUGCAUGCUGCGGGAACGCUCUUCCUUCCCAAGCCAUGCACUCCUGGUCAGACUGCGAUCCAGGCGUGGGCAGUGAAGCAGGCGUCAGAGCUCGCCGUGUGGCAAGCUGGCACACCGACGUCCAGCGCUGUUAGCUUAAAGGCUGUCUCGCUGUUGAUUCUUUGGCGCGAGAAGUUGGAGGAAAUAUUCGAGGAAGAUCUCCUCGUCUCGGUGAACGUUGCAUUGUCGGCCUCAAGCGGUCACAGCACGCUUCAAGGAACAGCUUGGUCCGACUCUGUCAUGGCUCUCCUGGAGACGCCUUCGCUGAUACUCGCGCCGCAGAGGAACCCCUGCUACAUCCACAUGGGCUUCAACGUCGUCUUCGUUCCGGGAAUGUCUGCGGUAGCUCAGCGUUCCCUUGGCUAUGACAAGCACGGAUGGGGCUAG